CCUCAGAACGAAUAUAUUGAGCUUCAUACAAAGCGCCAUGGAAGGAGGCUUGAUUAUGAGGAAAAGAAGCGAAAGAAGGAGGGCCGUCGACCCCACGAGAUGGCUGAGAAAGCUAAAAAGCUCAGGGGUAUCCGUGCCAAGUUGUACAACAAGAAGAGACAUUCAGAGAAAAUACAGAUGAAAAAGACCAUUAAGAUGCAUGAGGAGAGGAAGACAAAACAGAAAACUGCAGACAAGGAUUCCAAGUACGGAAAUCCUACUUAUUUGUUGGAGCGUGAGAACCAGAUUAGAGCUAAAGUACUUUCAAACACCAUCAAACAGAAAAGGAAAGAAAAAGCGGGUAAAUGGGAUGUUCCAAUUCCAAAAGUCAGAGGAGUCUCAGAUGCUGAAGUAUUCAAAGUUGUCAAGACAGGAAAAACAAAGAGAAAAGCAUGGAAAAGGAUGGUUACAAAAGUUACGUAUGUAGGAGAAAGCUUUACCAGAAAACCAGUGAAAUAUGAGCGAUUUAUCAGGCCUAUGGCUUUGCGCUUCAAGAAAGCAAACGUAACCCACCCAGAAUUGAAAGCAUCUUUCUUUCUGCCGAUACUUGGAGUGAAGAAGAACCCAAGUUCAGCUAUGUACACUAGCUUGGGUGUUAUCACAAAGGGAACUGUCAUUGAGGUCAACAUCAGUGAGUUGGGUUUGGUGACACAUGCAGGAAAAGUGGUUUGGGGUAAAUAUGCACAAGUCACCAACAACCCAGAGAAUGAUGGCUGCAUCAAUGCUGUCUUGCUAGUAUAA